AUGUCGGAGCCCGCUGCGGACGUGGAGUUGACUGCCGCGCCGGAAGGGAGCGCGGAGGAGUCUCCGGCGUCGUCUGGGAAGCAGCCCAAGGCGGCGACUGAGGCGGAAGUCCUCUCCGUAGAGCUUCCCGCGCCGGCCGGCUGGAAGAAGAAGGUAAUUACGCUGCUCGUCCCUCUCUUCCUGUUCCUGCUUUCUUUCCUUGCACUUCGGACAAUUAGGUCCGGGGGCUGUGUUGCAUUCACGCCUGGUUUGUAAGCUUGGGAUUUUGUCAUUCGGAUAGAUCCUCCAAGCUCGACGCUCUGCCACUUCCCGUAGAGUUGUCUUGUGGUCAGCUUACUCGUGUGUAUUGAAGCUCAGAGCUGUUCGACGUCGUUCUAGGGUUUCGAAACGCAUCGCGUUUCCGUAGUUAGAGCUUACUAGUUGAUCUCUUCAGGCAUAUAGUCUCAGAAAGCAUUUGCUGUCCGAACCCUGACUUUGAAUUAUACGGCGGGGCUCGAUCUCACUUGGACUAAAAAGAAAUCAGUUGUCAGUAGGGCAAUUCAAAUGAAUUUAGCGUAGGUUGGCGUUUACUUGACGUCUGAUACUUGGUUCUUAUUCCCCAUUUUCCUGUUAAUUAUGCGUUCAUGAUGGUUUCCAAGGCCACGGAGAUAUAACUGUUAAUAUUCCUUGCCCAGGUGUCCCCUGAUUUUAUAGCUGGAAGUUGCUAGUCCCUCUGAAAAGAAAAUUGCUUUGAGACGUGUGUCUCUCUAACGAGGCAUGUAAUUCUGCAUGUAAUCUCGUCUAAUUUUCAAAUUCUCUCGUGUCUAUUUUGAAUAUGGUUUCUAGGGUUAAUGUUUCAAACAAGUGAGAUUGUCCUCAUUAUGUUCCAUUUAUUGCUACCAAUGGAUGGCAAAAUUACUGAAAGGGAGAGAACUGUGUCCCUUCCCUUUUCUAUGUGUAUGUCUUCAUUUCUGUUGUCAUACGAGUGUUUUUAAUAUAUUCGCCGUCCUUCUUGCCUCAUAUUUUUUUAUUCCUUUUAUCAGUGGUUCAUUUUAUUUAUUUUUCUCGUACUAAAAACUUCUAUUAAAAUAUCUCUUAUCGUUCUCUUCAUUGAAUAUUUUAAAAAUAUUCUGGGCAUUUUAAAAAAUAUUUUUUUAUCAUUCUGUCUUUCAUUUAUUUUUUCUUAUUUCUCAGUACCUUAUUUCGAAAUUUAUUUUGAUAGUAUAUUUUAAUAGAUAAUUAAGAGAAUUUCUUCAAUAAAGAGGGAAUUGUCUUAUAAUAUAUUUUUUUGAGUUUAUUCAUGGAGUUCUAUUCUAUUUGAUUUUUUUCUUUUAGUUAAGCCGCAUAUUUUGUACAUAUAGGAUGCAGAUCAUAUGCCGCUUUUAUGGAUCCUUUCCUUCUUCUGUCAAGGGUGUAAAAUGAAUUGGCUAGUAUGUUUACUGUAUAUUUUUAGUGUGGUUUAAGAAAUGUUUUGAUAUGAAAAUGGUAAAUAGGCUGCAGAAUCACUCGUCCCUUUUAAUUGCUUUAGUAGUUUGUUGAAUUUUUUUCUUGGAUAAAGCUGGCAUCAUAUGCUUUAUGUUUGCUUCACAGGUGCAUUAGACUCUAGUUACCGUCUGUUUAAGCUUUAAUACUAGAUGUUUUCAUUAAUUUACUUCGUUAGGGUAUCUUUCCGAGUUUCUCUCCUCGAGAUAUGCAGACUAGAGAUUCCAUUCACUGUAGGAAAUAGUAGGGAAUCCCGUAGGUGGUUUCUUGGCUUAGAUGCUUUUGACUGCUGUCUUUGAUGAAUCCUGACACAUAUUUCUUGAUGUUGAUGGCUUGGGAUUUCAUCGACACAGAGUUGGGUUGAAUGAAAAUAAGCAAACAAGGGCAGCUAUUUUCUCAUGUUCAUAUAUGUAUAUAUAUAUAUAUAUAUAUAUACAUAUACAUAUGGAAUGUGCUAAACCCGCAUUUUUGGGGUUUCGGUUGUCAGUUUUUUGUCAAAUAUAAAUAUUUUGAACGUUACCUUAUUUUCCGUUAGCAGUUUGUUGGACUAUCCAAAAGGCUGCAAAACUAUGGAAGUUUGUAUAAAAUGAUAAUAACAAGGCGUUCAACUGUCGAGGACAUGAUUUUACGUUGUAUAAGAGAUCUUCAAAGGAAAGUGCAGUAAGGCGCUACAUGGAUACCUAGGGGGAAGCAUUUCAAAAAUUGAGUCGUCAUUUUUUGCCAGUUGGCUCUAUUUCCUAUUUGGGUGGAACCUGAAUAAUAGAUAGUCCAAAAGAGGCCAAUCAACCAGAAAGGGGGAAACAAAAGCAGUAGAUGGAAUCUUUGAUAAAGUUACAUCUAUAUAUAAAUAUUUUUUUUAUCUAAAACAUGUGACAAAUCGAUGAUUUUUAGCGUGGCAAGUUUUAAUCAGCAACUAAUGGAAGAAAAGGGUAGAAAGAGGCGUUGUUGGCAGCAAGUCACGAGUAACGUUGAUGUCAGUCAUUGGUCCAGUAGGGAGUAUUUAUGUAAUUUUAUUUAUCCUUUAGUAAGAUUCUCAUCUCUCACCCUAGUUUUAUUCUUAUACAUUUUUGUCCAUUGUUUUAGAAACCAGAUUGCAACUCGAUUUGGUUGGGUUCUUGCAAAUAAUUGAAUAUUUUCCAAAAGUAAAAAAAUAUAAGGUAACAUGAAUUAUGAUAAUAACCGUGCAAUUGAAGUCGGAUGAAAUUCGGAAAGGAAUGUGUAAUAGUCCUUUAUGGAGUUUAAAUGUAUUAUUUUGAAUAAUGCUAUUUGAAUUGAGCUGACAUAAUUACCGCCUUAACUUCUCCAUUCGACUAUUACUUUUGCUAGACAUUGACCUUAAAGCACUGUCUUCGCUCCCAUCUGAUGUUCUAGCAAAAUCAAUCAAAAUCAAAAGCGGGCUAACUAUAUUGACCUUUAGAUGGAUUGGGUUUCGUCAGUUGGUUGAGCUUGAGUCCAUUGUUAUCCAUUCAGUAUUUAAACUUAGAAAGGUUAAACUAUUUUUCAGAAUAGUCUGUUGUUAGUCCUGGGUCUGAUAAGUAGCAUAGAAAAUGAGAAAAAAAACAUAGUACUUCUCAAUAAUGUCAAUUCAUUUUAUUGUUCCAGCCAGAAGAGUUGGACAACAGACGCUGAUUUUCGAAACAUUUUGGUUUGGAGGAUUUCGCACGGGCGCUACUUUUAUGGAUGUUUGUUUUGCGAUGUAUACUGUCUUCGUGAAGAGAAAGAGGACUUAUGAUACUUACUCCUUGGAUUCUCAUUCUCUCAGGAGAUUGGGUAGUUGCACUUGAACUCUGGUGCACGGUGGGAAUGGACAAUUCUUACUGUUGAACUUUGGUUAAGUUUGAAUUGCCAUUUAAUAUGAAAAAUGUUUCACACUAUUUAAUAACUAGGCUUUCAUGCAUUUGUUUUAGGGGAGAAAGGGGUUAAUAGUUAAAGUUGCCUAAGAAGCUUGUGAGAAUUUAAAAGAGUUGAUAAGAUCGGUUGGGAUUGAAAGAGGUCGUCUACUUUUUGGUUUUUGUCCCAGGCAAGGCAUUGUUGGUGUAGGAUACCAACGAUGCAAAGAGAGUUCUUUUGGAGAUAACUAGUCAAACAUAACCCCUUUUUUAUCUAAUGAUUCUGUGAUGCUGACCACUUUAUACAGAAAAAAGUGUGCAUUUGAAGGAAAAUGAUGUUUGACAUCGUCCGGAACCAAAGAAAAAUCUGUUCGAAGGGACCUAAGGUUUAACUUUGUUUUGUCCUUAGCUCAUUAUCAGAGUUGUUUGUCAGUGAAAAAAAUAUUGGGAUUCCUUCGUGUUCUGAUGUGUUUAGAGAUAAAAGAUUGCUUAUACCGCGCGAUGACAGAAGUAAAUAAAAAGGGUAAUUACGGCAGUUGACGAUAUGAAUAUAUUUGUUGUCUUGGCGAAAUAGAUUCUUUUACAGUUUACACCUCAAGAAUUAAAUAUUAUCGUCAGUUCUCAGUUUAAGGCGCCAUAAUUGUUUGAUUAGGUGUGCGGCAAAGUUAUAAAAAGAGGUAUCAUCAUGGAUGCCUUUCCUUCAAUGAUGCCCAAUCUGUAAAAUGAAAUUUUUUAGAUUGGUAUCUGACGCUUACAGUGUGAAGUCUUACACGGCGGAGGAUAGUUUACUAUCAGAUGAGUAAAUAGAAUUUUUUGAUCUUUGAAUAAGAAGUGAUUAAAGGACAGAGUGAGCUUCGUGCACGAUUGAUCUUUGACGCUUUCAAGAGAAGUUUAAUAGAACUUGUUCUGUUUCCUGAGAUCAUAUGGGGUUUUACCACACGUUAGCCCUUCACAUAUACAUUUCUGGUAAUGAAUCUAAUUGCUGGAUAAGUUAAGAGUACAGUUUCUUUUUCUUUCUGUACACGUUAAAAAGUUAGAACUAGAGAGGCUUGAUAAUUUUUUAGGGCACUAUAUUUGGAAAGUGGAAAGUAGCUGAAGCACAUAGUCUGAAACAGCAGACAUGCUUUUUAGGGCACUGCUUUUGUUUACAAUGAACAGUUUCAUGGUGUGUAUGUAGUAUUGGAAUGUUCCGAGCAGUAGUUUAUGCCACCAGAAUCCUAAACGGCAUGCUUAACAGCUGAAAAGAGAUUUGCCAAUGCGUUCAAACCCAGUUCAUGCGGGUUGGGUUAUUCUUCACGAGGGAGGACCAUCGCGCCAUAGUUUCUGGAGUUUCCGAGUCUGAAACACACAGGCUGAGAUGGUUGGUGGAAGGUGCGAGCGUUGGACAGAUUUUGCUUUCUCCCAUCCUCAAAACAUGAUUUCGAAUUCCCCUCCUGAAUAUUUUGGUGUUACUCCGAGAUUGUUGGACCUGGGCAUUAGAUUUUUUUUGUUUCUGCUGAAGAAAUCCGAUGCAUCUGCCGUUGACCUCGAGACAUUUUCUUACCCCUAGCGUUGCUUUUAUCUUGCAGUUGAUCCCGAAGAAGGGCGGGACCCCGGGUAGGAACGAGGUGGCCUUCGUGGCGCCAACCGGAGAAGAAGUGAAGAACAGGAAGCAGCUCGAGCUGUAUUUGAGGGCGCACCCGGGGGGGCCAUCUCUGUCCGAGUUUGACUGGGGAACUGGUGAUUCUGUCUACCUCUACCCCCCAUGGCUGGAGAGAGAGAGAGAGAGAGAGAGAGAGAUGUUUGUACCGGAGGAUUCGAUUUCUUUCUCUGGGUCUGAAUUCGUCGGUGUUUCCCGGGUUUUGCAGGUGACACGCCGAGGCGCUCUGCGAGGAUCAGCGAGAGGGCUAAGGCGGCGCCGGAAACGCCGGAAGGCGAGCAGCCGAGGAAGAGGGCGAGGAAAUCCGCAACGAAGAAGGGAGACAAGGAGAGCAAGGUCACCGGCGGGGAGGCGGAAGCCGCCGCCGCCGAGGGAGAUGCCGAAAUGAGAAGGGAGGCGGAGGACGGCGGAGCGAAGGAGGCCGAGCCGAAGGAGCAAGCGGAGGAUGCUACUUCAGCGGAGCAAGGAAAGGCCACGGAGGAUGCUACUUCAGCGGAGCAAGGAAAGGCCACAGAGGAGGUGACAGCGGAUGUGCCGCCGCCGCCGCCGGAGGAGGAGAAAGAAGGGGCUGCCCCGUCGGAGGUGGGAGAGAAGGUCGCCGUGGAAGAACCGGGCGGCGAAAAGUCGGAGGCCCAACCGGCGGCCGAGGGGGAGGAGGUGGAGCCCGGCGAGCCCAUUCCGGAGGCAGAUGGCGGCCCCUCCGUGAAGCACGAUGACUCCCAGAAGCAGGCAAUUCCUCCCACCGUCCAAUGCUGA